AGGUCUUCUUGUUUUCGUACCUUGUUCUGAGACCAGCGUAGGCUCGUCGUUUUGUAGAUUCAGAAACAUUUGUCGAACGUUCAUCAGUACACUUUAUGAACUUGAACAUUCGUGGCGCCCCUGCAUAGCACCGCUGGCAUUCUGGCGGCAUUAUCAAUCCUUCUUUCGUCUUCUCGCCAUAUGGUCCUACUGUUACCCUAUGUAUUCCCGUAUCUGACUCGCAUUUCAUCGGAUCAGUUGUCUUGGCUGUCCUCUCCAGCAUCGUGACCCUAAAGGCGCAGCCUUUAUAAAUGGCGUCCCAUCCGCCGUCAUAUCUCAAGUGCCCCAGGACACCCACUCGACGCAUACUAGACUCGUCAUGACACUAACAGGUCACGUUGGUCAAUUUUGUGCCCUGGCACUUACCAUGCUUUGUGUGCAAGCCCGACUUCCGAACUUGGGCGCACAAGGCGUGAACCUUCUUCGCUUGCAGAAAGAAACAGGACCUAUUGAAAGUCUUCCUCAACCUGCAUCUACGGAAUUCUCCGUUCUAGCAGCGACGUUUCCUCAGUUCAACUUCACGCAGCCUCUGGAUCAUUUCACCGAUACGGGAUUCACGUUUAAUCAGCGUUAUUGGGUUAGUGAUCGACACUUUAAACCUGGGGGUCCUGUCAUAGUCUUGGACGGCGGAGAGACUAGUGGAACUGAUCGUUUGCCGUAUCUUGAUACUGGUAUUGUGGACAUCCUCGCUAGUGCGACGAAUGGCUUGGGUGUCGUACUUGAGCAUCGAUACUACGGUGCUUCGAUUCCUGUUCUGAACUUUACUACGGAUUCCCUGAGAUGGCUAAACAAUGAACAAGCAGCAGCAGAUUCUGCCAACUUCCUCCGAACGGUGAAAUUCGAAGGUAUCGAUGAAGACCUAACAGCCCCAGGAACUCCAUGGAUCUAUUAUGGAGGAUCAUAUGCAGGUGCACGUUCAGCACACAUGCGAGUCCUAUACCCAGAUGUCGUCUUCGGCGCAAUCGCUUCCAGCGGCGUCACCUUUGCCUCCCUCAAAGAUUGGCAAUAUUACGAUAUAAUUCGACAAUUCGCGCCUGCUGAUUGUAUUAAACAAGUCGAGACGACCAUUGUCGAAGUCGACGAGUUGUUGUCUAGUGAUAAGACCCAGGCUACGAUUCAAAACGUAUUUGGAUUACCGAACGUUACUCAUGUGGAGGACUUUGGGUCUGUCUUGUCGUCUCCUUUGGGUGCUUGGCAGAACAACAAUUGGGACCCUGCCGUCGGAAGCACCAGUUUCGCAAACUUCUGCGCCGCUUUGGGGACGCCUAAUAAUACGAGAGUCGAGAUCACCAAAGGCGUGAGCGUGAACGCUGCUGUCUUGAACUACGCUGCAUAUGUCAACAGGACUCUAGUCGCUAGGUGUAGAGCUCCUAACACUCAAGAUGAUUGUUUUGGUACUUUCGACCCUACAGCGUUCCAAGCGACCGACUUGUCUCAAGAUUGGAGGUUAUGGAAUUUCCAAGUUUGCACUCAAUGGGGUUUCUUCACGACAGCACCGCCAGAUCCCGAGCGCCCACGAAUCAUCUCCAAGUUCAUCACCCUGGAGUACUCUGCUCAAUUCUGCCAAUUUGCUUACCCACCAGGAGAGCAUUUCGCUAUCCCUCCACUGCCUAACAUCACUGCUGUGAAUUCACUCGGAGGAUUUGAUAUAGCCGCGGAUCGACUGGCGAUCAUCGACGGUCAAGCGGACCCUUGGAGGCCUAACACGCCUCAUAGCGAUGACGCCAAGCCUCGUCCUGACACCACUUUGCGUCCGUUUAAGUUGAUUGAGGGAGCUGUUCAUCACUGGGACGAGAAUGGGAUCAGUGACCAUACGGCGGAACCGCCCACGAUCAAGGCUGUUCACGAGCAGGAAGUCGAGUUUGUCAAAGCUUGGUUGAAGGAUUUCAAGAGACCUGGUAAAGCAUAGGGAGACAAAUGUAGCAAUACUGUUACAGUAGGAAUACAGAAGUACAAUGGUGUUAUUGAAAAUUGUCAGACAUCCUGGCGUAGU